CAGCAGCCGAAAUGAGCGGAGCGGAGACGAGUUAUGCUAGCAGUGUCUGUUGCUCCAGAUUCCAGCAUCUGCAAUCUUUUGUGUCUCAAUGCCUACACGCUGAGGUGAUAUCUCUUUGGAGAUGUGACUACCUUAGACUGCAUUGGGGGAUGGAGAGUCGCUGGGAGUGGACUGCCAUCGAUGAACGCCAGGGCUCCCGGUGAGGACGCCGCUCGGUUUCUCAGAGCAGUUGCCCGGUGGCUGCAAUGUCACGCCAUAUGCCGACGGGAAAGAAACCAUACGAGUGUGAGCUGUGCGGCUGGACCUUUGGCCAGCCCUCCGACCUGGUUGCCCACCUGCGGAUGCACACGGGCGAGAGGCCGUUCCGGUGCGAAGUGUGCGGCGAGAGUUUCAGCCACUCCUCCAGCCUGGUGAAGCACCGUCAUGUCCACACUGGCGAGCGGCUCUUCCAGUGCAAGGUGUGUGAGCAGGCGUUCGCGCAGGCCACCGCCCUCCUGCAGCACUGGCGCCUGCACACGGGCGAGAAGCCCUUCCGGUGCAGGACGUGCCGCAGCAGCUUCGCCAAGCAGUCCCAGUUAGUGGUGCACCGGCGCAGUCACGUCAGCGGCCGGGGCUUCAAGUGCGAGGCGUGUGGCAAAGCAUUCACGGCGCCGGCCCGGCUGGCUGAGCACAAGUGCGCCCCCAAGAACGGGCGGCUUUUCCGCUGCGAGACCUGCGGCAAGGACUUCUGCAGCGCCGCCUACCUGGUGGUGCACCAGCGCCUCCAUACCGGCGAGAGGCCCUUCCGCUGCGAGGUCUGCAGCAAAGCCUUCGGCAGCCUCUCCUACCUACGCAUUCACCGACGCGGCCACGCCCAGGAGAAGCCCUUCCACUGCGACGCCUGUGGCAAGGUGUUCUGCAACCUCUCCUACCUCCGCAUCCACCAGCGCAGCCACACGGGCGAGAGGCCCUUCCGCUGCGAGACCUGUGACCGGGACUUCUGCAGCGCGUCAUACUUGGUGAUCCACCGGCGUAUCCACACGGGGGAGAGGCCGUUCCGCUGCGAUGCCUGUGAUAAGGCCUUCCUCAGCUCGUCCUACUUCCUCAAGCACCAGUGCGUCCCGACGGGGGACAAGCCCCUGAAGUGUGAGUUCUGCAACAGGGGCUUCACGCAGCUGGCAGACCUCCUCAAGCACCAGCGCACCCACACUGGGGAGAGGCGCUUCCAGUGCGACUUCUGCCAGCGCUGCUUCACCUAUUCCUCCUCCCUGGAGAUACACAGGCACACCCACUCCGGGGAGAAACCUCCCACCCUCCCUUCAGGCAAGCCCAAGAAUACCUGAGGGCGGCGAUUAUGAGAAAAGCUUGGCCCAAAGAGCCAAAUCAACGCCACUUUCCAGAGGGUAUUGGAAAUGCUCUUUGAGAAGGGAAGGCCUGUAGAUCUCCAGAGAAGGAGAAGGAAAAGAGUUAGUUGAUUAACUCAAAAGAGCAGCCACAGGGAAGGUUGAAUGCUGAAAAGAUUUUGGAUGGGUACCUGCCAAACUGUACUGAUAAUGCUCUGUCAUAAUAUAUCAGUAGGUCCACACUCAAGAGGAUGGUUCUGGAAAGAAUUCUCAGCCACAGUGUGGAUGUCACCUGUCACCUUAAUCAUGUAUAUUCUUGGGGGAAUGAGGGUAAAACUGGGGGUACAUCUAGAAUACAUACCAUAAGCAGGUGAAAACUCUCGGAGUUAUGUUCCCCCCAUUUACCUCACUUUAAUAAGGAUGUUGUAUUCCAGGAACUCCACAUCCUAACUGAUGGAAGAUUUUCCCAUGAAAUGUCCACUUUUAAAAGUUGGUCCAAAAGCAAAUAGUACAGCUGCUGCAAAACUGAAGUUAUAAUGGUGACAUGGAACAAGUCUCACGGUAUCCAUUGGAUAGAGAUACAGGGUUAACACAUCUGGCUUUCAUCUAAGUCGAUGAUAUCUUGCUUUACAUUUAUUUGGUCAGUGGAAUUGUAGCUACCAUAUCAGUCCGGCCAUUUGAAUGACACCAUUAUAGUGUACAUAUAUUCUCAGUGGGAAAUGAUUGCUGAUUGGAGAAUUAACAAACUUUUUGCUGGAAGCGGUUUUCUUUUGGCGUCUUUGAUGGCCCACCCAUUUUUCCUUCAGUUGUGGCAAACACAAAUAUGUUGCUAUCAUUAGACAGGGCCUUUGGUCUCUGGAAGUUUUCUGCACUGAGAUGCAUGAGAUUAGCAAGUGAAGGUACAAGAGGAACUCAACCCUUCCCAUAAUUUUUAAAAACCAAAUGAAUGGAGUGUUUAGGCACAGCACAGCACACACACACCCCACAGCACUAGGGAAGAGGUCUCACCCCUGUUCAAAUCUGCUGUCGAGAGUCAUGCAAAAGAGGAGAGUUCAGUACUAAACACAGGUAGGUGUACAUACUCUAUCAUAAGAACAUCUAUUGAGAAACUUGAGUUUAACUCAGAAUACAUUUUGCCCAACUAAUGUUCAAUGUAGUGUAAUGUUUCCUAGGAGUCUAAAGACAUGUGUUGUCACCUGGUAGAUGUUCCCUGUGAAUUUUGCAUUGUUUGGGUUUUGGAAAAUUCUCUAAAUAUUAAUGUUGGUAAUAUUGUGUGCUGUUUUCUUGCUUACAUGUUUUCUACAUGCAUUUAUACUGUGCAGUAAAUUUG